CAAAAUGCAACACGAUGAUGUUGUUUGGAGCAUCAUCAACAAAUCGUUCUGCUCACACAAAGUCAAAACCGAUACACGUACAUUCUGUCGUCAUGAAUACAAUUUAACAGGUCUGUGUACUCGUCGUACAUGUCCCUUGGCCAAUUCCCAAUAUGCCACAGUCCGCGAGGAGAAAGGUAUCAUAUAUUUGUAUAUGAAGACCGCCGAAAGAGCCCACAUGCCCAACAAAUUAUGGGAACGUGUUAAGCUGUCACGAAACUUUGAAAAGGCCAUUCAGCAAAUCAAUGAAAAUCUAGUAUUUUGGCCAAAAUAUAUGAUUGCGAAAAAUAAGCAAAGAUUUUUGAAAAUCACACAAUAUCUAAUACGUAUGCGUAAAUUGAAAUUGAGACGACAGAAAUUGAUUGUGCCACUGUCACGUAAGAUUGAACGUCGUGAAUCACGACGCGAACAAAAGGCUUUGAUAGCGGCCAAGAUUGAAAAUCACAUUGAAAAGGAAUUGAUGGAACGUUUGAAACGUGGCACCUAUAAGGAUAUUUAUAAUUUCUCACAGGCUGCAUUCAAUAAGGCAUUGGCUGCGGAAGAAGUUGAAGAUGACGAGGAGGAGGAGAUGGAUGAAGAUCUUGAAGAGGAACAAGAAUUGGAACAUGAAAUGGAUGCUGAAUCGAGAGAGUUGAGAAAAGAUUUAUUGGAUGAAGAAUUUGUUGAGGCUGAUUCCGAGGAGGAGGUGGAAGAUAGUGAUGAAGAAUACAGUGAUGAUGAAGAUGCUCUUAGUGAUUCGGGCGAAAAAGAAGAAGUUGAAGUUGAUAGUGAUUUUGAAGCUUCCGAUGAUGAAGAUGGUUCAGAUAUUGAGGAUACACCAGCCGGUGCCUUUGUACGUGCCCCAGCCAAAUCUCCCACGAAAACGACCGCCAAGGCUAGCAAAACAAAUGGUACAACUAAAGCUGCCGGCCCUGCGAAAAGACGUCUUAAAAAGCCUAAAGUCGAAAUUGAAUAUGAAAUGGAAACCGAAACAAACCGGCAAAGGAUACAUAACUGAGAUACCUUCGGAUAGCUCAACACCCACAUUACGUUGUAUAUUAAAUGGACCAUUUCGCGAUUUACAUUUUACCGCCACCGAUCAUCGUAUAACACCGGUCCAUGAUGUGGUUUUCUUGGAUGAAGUGGAUAAUCCAAGUGUAAAACCAUUAAUCUAUAGACCGAAAUUUCCGGAAGCAGAAAAAACAAAUGGACACAGUAAUGGAUUUACACAUGAAAG